AUGUGUGAUCUUCUGAUGAAGUUUGGUGCCAUGGAGGAAAAACUGCGAGCUAUUGAAACCAGACUGCAGGACAGUGAAAACCAGAUUAUGGAUCUAAGAAACAAAGAGAGAACCAAGGUAAUAUUCAGUGCAGCAGUAGGUGGUAGUGGACACAUCGGACCAUUCAACACAGAUACGACUCUAAUCUACAGAGCUGUGAUAACAAACAUCGGUGGAACCUACAGUCAAUACACAGGUAUCUUCACUGCACCGGUUGCAGGUGUUUAUUACUUUACCAUCUUCUUUCAUGCUGGAGGAGAGCAUGAGGGAAAACUGCUCUUGUUCAAGAACAACCAGCUGAUGGUGGCGACCGGUGAUCACCCGUCAGACUCUGACGGAGCCGAUAAUGGAGAAAACGCAGUGUUUGUGCAACUGCAGCUAGGUGACAUGGUGUAUGUCCGCUUGGCUGCAAACUCACAUGUUUGGGGACAAUACAACAAAACAACUUUCAGUGGUUUCUUGGUCAGUCAAAUAUGA